AUGGCCGGCACCAUCCUCCACCAGGCCGUCGAGCACCUCGCCACGCUCCGGGACCACGCCCUCGCGCAGCCGCCCUCGCAGUGGUGCCAGGCAUUCUUCCUCGGCGCCGCCGGCGGCCUCGUCGUCCUCCAGGUGCUCCCGCCGUCGCUGCGCGGCCUCUUGAUGGACUAUGGCCCGCGGGGGGGCGGCGCCGCGGACAGGGGCCGCGAGGCAUCAGGCGGACUGAAGAGGCUCCUCGGCGCCGCCACGAGCGUCGGCCAGGUCCCGCACGCGUGGUUCUGGCACUUUUACCUGCUGUCGGUCGCGGGCUCGGCGUUUUGGGCCUGGCAGUUCCUGGGCAAGGGGCGCGUCAUGGCCGCGCUGGCCGAGAGGCAGCGCGCGGCGGCGUCUUCGCCGCCGGGGCCGGAGGCGGCGCUCGUCGCCGAGAAGGAGCUGGGCCGGGUGUUUGCGGCGUGGGUCAUGAUGGCGCUUCAGGGGACUCGGAGGCUGUAUGAGAGCCUGUUUGUGAUGAGGACAGGAUCGGCCUCGUCCAUGUGGUUUGUGCACUGGGCACUGGGGUUGGCUUUUUACGCCGUCAUGAGCAUCAGCGUGUGGAUUGAAGGGUCUGAUGCCAUCCUCGAAUCCUGGAAGACGCAGGAUCCUGCGCGCAUCCUCGCCUCGCGCGUGCCCUCGGCCAUGGCCCUUUACUUUUGGGCCUGGUUCAAGCAGAACGAAUGCCACAGGCACCUGGCCGGCCUUAAAAAGUACACGCUCCCCACCGCGGGCCUCUUCCGGUUCCUCGUCUGCCCGCACUACACCUGCGAGUGCCUCAUCUACCUGAUGAUUGCGUUUGUGGCCGCGCCGGCGGACCGCUGGUUCAGCGGGCCCGUGAUUUGCGGACUGGCGUUUGUGGUAGCGAAUCUGGGGGCGACAGCGGCUGGCACACGGCAAUGGUAUGCGCAAAAGUUUGGUGCGGAAGCGGUGGCAUCGCGUUGGACCAUGGUACCAUUUGUAUUCUAG